CGCCACACCCCCCACAUACAAGAACUGCAGCAAGAGCUAUAUAUUAUGAAGGUACAUACUACCUAGCUAGCUAGAUAAUUACUGGCACUAUAUACAGGGCGUUAAUAAAAUUGAAGGACGUUGUUUCAAGCGUUUAGAAAAUAGCUGACGUUAACGUUAGCUACAACUAUCAAACCUUGUAUAUAGUCGCUAGCUAACAUGCUGCGUAGCCAGGCUAGCUAGUUUUCGACAUAACCUAAUCAAGCAGUAGCUAGCAUGAGCGUUAACGUCCUACACGUAAUUUAUCUUAAGUAGUUGGCUAUUAUGAUGUUAAUACUCCCUGUUGCUAACUAUGUUACCCUUGAUGCUAACGUUAUCAUUGAGGGAGAGUAAUGUUAACGUCAUAGGUUAACGCUAACUAGGAAGCCACAGCGGUUGACAGAUGCAGCUCAGUCCGUCUGGUAAAAUGUACAAGCAAAGAAAACAGAGUGUAGUCAGUCUUUGAUGUACGGUACUUAAAGCUAUUAUUAAAUUGGUUAUCUAGCUAUAAAAAGAAGUGCCCUAUCUAGCAAUAUCACUGCAUACUCGUUUGUUUACAUUAGUGAAUCAACUUUACCGCAAAGACCUCUGGGCCACUGGCGGCUUGGCCUUUCGAGUCCCCUACACGUUAAUGAGGCUAUACUGGCGCUGUGAAUUCUGGGCAGUCCUCGGUCCUCCGAGCUCAGUCUCCUCCUGCUCCCCCGUUGGAAAAAAUGGCUGCUCCGGCGGCAGCGGCGGGUCCUUCCCCCGGUUUGUGCCCAAGCUACGCCGUUGUCUGUUCUUUUCUGGAGCGGUAUGGAGCCGCACUGGACCUGCCGGAGCUGUCGUUUACGCAAAUUGAGAGAUAUCUACAGGAGACUUCCGUAGUCCCUAAGCCCUUGGUGGAACUUCAUGUGAAGUUAAUGAGGAAAAUUGGGAAGUCUGUGUCUGCAGAAAGAUGGGAGAAGUAUCUCAUCAAGGUGUGUCAGGAGUUCAACAGCACUUGGGCCUGGGAGCUUGAGAAGAAGGGAUACAGAGAGAUGACAGUAGAGUGCAAGACGGGAAUCCUCAAAUACUUGUGUGAGUGCCAGUUUGAUGACAACAUCAAGUUCAAGACAGCAAUAAAUGAGGAGGAUCCCGAUAAGAUGCGUCUGCAGCCUAUUGGCCGGGACAAGGAUGGCCUCAUGUACUGGUUCCAGUUGGACCAGGAUCACAAUGUACGGGUCUACGUGGAGGAACAGGAUGACCAGGACGGAUCAUCCUGGAAGUGCAUCGUCAGAACAAGAAAUGACCUCGCAGAAACAGUGGAGCUGCUUAAGACCCAGAUCGACCCAGCUCUCUUGACCAACAAGGAAGAAAAGGAGGAAUCUGGCAGUACAAGUCCAAACCCAGAGGAUGGAGGAAAACGAGAAACUGAGGAUCUGAAAAAAACUCUUGAAAGCUCAGAGGAUGAAGAUAAAAAGCCUGAAGAGCGUGGCAAUCGUUCCAUCUCCCCUGUGGUAGGAAGAGAACAGAAGGCCUCUGGAAAGGAAGCUAAAUCAGAUUUAACGCAGGAGGUCAAGCAGGAGCCCACAGAUAAGGGGAAAGUGCAGACAACCUGCAGGGUGGAGAAGCCAGAGGUAAAACCCGUCAUUGACAACAGGGUCAGUACCAUCACUGCUAUCGUCAAGGAGGAGCCCAAAGACUCAACCUUGAAUUCAACUGCAUUGGAAGCCCCGGUGAAGAUGGACAUCCAUGAGGAAAUAAAGGAGAAGACCUCAGAGGAAGUUGAGAGGGCUUUGAAGAAUGACCAGCAGGCUAAAAUCCCCCUGAAAAAGAGGGAACUCAAACUGAGUGAGGACUUUGACAAUGGGGGCAGUAUCAUUGUUCGCAACCCUUCCAUCACUCCCACCAAAGAGCUGCUGAAGGAGGAGGUGGGUAAGGUAGAUGAGGAGAGCAAAGGACUGCCUUGCUCCACCUUUGGGGGCUUGGAAAAGGAGCCAAAGGGUGAUCUAAUAAAUGGGGAGGUCCAGCCUGCGAAAGAAAUACUCUUGGACACCAGAUUGGAGAGGGCCAAUAGCAAGCAGGCUAAUAAAGAAGAGUCACAAGUCGGCAUGGAAGAGAACGGUCCAGCAACAUGCAGUGUGAUAGUUGAAACCAGCAGAGGGGAGAAAGCGAUGCCUGCUGAGCCAGAGAAAUUUAGUGGUACAGAAAAAUGUAAGCAGCCCAUUGAAGAGAAAACCAUCCCCACAGAGCAAAGGGACACUUGGUCUGCAGGUGAUGCUACUGUUGCCUCAGAAAACAAGAUGAGAGUAGCUUCUAAGGAGGCAGAUAAGUCCUCUAAUGUGUCCAUCCAGCAGGAAGGAAGGCAAGAAGAGUCCAUGAAGGUUUCAACAGCAUCCCUGAAUGUAUUAGAGUCCAAAGAGAAGGCCAAUAAAGACGGGAUCUCUGACAAAGCAGAAGAGAAAGCUGUAGAUAAGUCCAAGAAAGAGUCCAAUAGUGCAGAUUCCAGUCAUCCUGAAAAAGCUCAACCUAAAGAGUCUACUAACAGGAAGAUUGAGGUAGAUGCCUCACUUCCUGAGAAAGUCAAGGUUCAGAAGAUCACGGAAAACCAAGAGAAUGAAACCUUAGGGCAGGAAUCCACCCUUGCAGAGGAGAGGAAAGAGGAUAGUGGAAAUACUGAAAUUGUAGAUGAAGUGGCAGAGAAGGAGGCCAAGAAAGAGAAAAGGGGGCUUGAGAAGAAGAAUAAGAAAAGCAAAGCCAAAAAUGAGGCAAAAGAGGAUGACCAGGACAAAAUGGCCACAGGUAAAGACGAGAAUAGUGGAGAGCAGGAUGCUGACAAGUCCAGCCACCAAGAGGAAGCUGCAGUAGCCGAGGAGGGUGAAGAGGUGUCCUCAGAAAUUCAAACAGAGGGCAUCCGUCUGAAGAUCAAAAUCCCCUCCCACAAGAGGAAAACGAUGCUCCAGGUGGAGGAGAAGAGGCCUGACACAGGGGCUGAUGUUGCCGAUGGGAGGUCCCUGAGAAGGUCACCCAGGAUAUGCCGGCCCACUCCCAAGUUGGCAGAAAUCCAGGAUAUGAAACUGGAGAAGAAGCAGUUGGCGUCAGUGCUUGAAGAUGAUGAGGAGGAUAAUGAAGAAGAGGAAGAACAGUCUCCAAAGAAACCACGGGAAAAUUCAAGAAAGGUUGACCCAGAUGGCCAGACCAAAUCAAAGGGAAGACGGCGACGUCGAGGCCGGUGGUCGAACCCUCGCAGGUGGCCUAAAACGAAGGGCUCCAGUGAUGAUGAAGAUGAGAGUGAGGAUGAUGACAGUGAUGAAGAUUACAAGGUGGAGAAGUCCAAGGACAGGCAGGGGUCUGACUCAGAGUCAGUCUCAGAUGCCACUCCUAAUGAUGACCCCUGCAAACACUGUGGCCUCCCAAACCAUCCUGAACUGAUCCUGCUGUGUGAUUCCUGUGACAGCGGGUAUCACACGGCCUGUCUGAGGCCCCCUCUCAUGGUCAUCCCGGAUGGGGAGUGGUUCUGCCCGCCCUGCCAGCACAAACUUCUGUGUGAGAAGCUGGAGGAGCAGCUGCAGAACCUGGAUGUGGUUCUGAAGAAGAGGGAGCGUGCGGAACGAAGGCGGGAACGCUUGGUGUAUGUGGGGAUCAGUGUGGAAAACAUCAUACCAGCUCCCGUAAGUACCGAGGACUUGGAAUCUAAUGGCGGUAACUUGGUUAGUCCCCGCAGUGCUCAGGAGGCACAACUGGAAGAGGAAAAGCAGGAAAAGAAGAAGGAUAUCAAAAAAAGCAAAAAUCUGGGUAGAAGGUCCACAAGAGCAAGGAAAUGUAUCAGUUACAGGUUUGAUGAGUUUGACGAAGCUAUUGAUGAAGCAAUCGAGGAGGACAUUAAAGAAGCAGAGGGAGGAGGCGCAGGUCGAGGUAAAGACAUGGCCAACAUCACGGCACACAGAGGGAAGGACAUCUCCACCAUCCUGCAGGACGAGGGCAAGGAGAACCGCCGCCCCGCCAAGGCCGCGCCCGCCCCACGGAGGAAGAAGCGCCGGCGGCUCAACGACCUGGACAGCGACAGCACCGUGGAGGAGGAGGAGAGCGAGGACGAGUUCCGCCUCAGCAGCAGCACGGAGGAGGAGGAGUUUGUGGCUUCAGCUGAAGGGGAAAGCGAUGCCGACGCCCGGUCCGUGGACGACAGCGACUUCGGCAGGUCGGGCCCUGGUCCACGCCAUCGCUCCUCCCGGGCCAGGAACCGGGCCAGGAACAGGCAGAAGAAGAGUGUGAGAAGACCACCACGCCGAAGAAGAGGGUACUCAGAUGAUGAAGAAGAGGAGGAGACAGAGGAAGAAGAUGAAGAAGAGGAGAUGGUGUCCGAGCGCUCGAGUGAGUUCAGCGACAGCGACCUGGACAUGCGGCGGAGACGUUCCCGCCGGAGCCAGAAGAAGCAGGUGAACUACUGCGAGACCUCGGACAGCGAGCGCUCCCACGCCGCCCGCCGCCACAAGCAGCGGCCCCACCGACGGCGCCUCUCCAGCUCCGACAGCGACGGGAGCGUCCGUUCGAAAGACUCGAGUGGUGAGGAAGAGGAGGAGGAGGAGGAAGGCAGGAAUAGGAGGAAGAGGGUGAAGAGAGGCGAUUCCUCCGAGGAGGACACCAGGACAUGGCGCAAGCGGCUGGCUCUGAAGCGGCGGAGACCCUCUGCGGAAGAUGACGACGAAGACGAGGAGGACGACGAGUCUGAGGAAGAGGAGCGGCCCGUCCGCAAGAGGUUGAACCGCAUUGAGACAGACGAGGACGAUGAUGAGGAGGAGGAGGAGGAGGAGGAGGAGGAAGAGGAGGAGGAGGAGGAGGAGGAGGAGGAAGAGAAGAAGAGAAAAAGGCCGGAGGCAGAGGAGGAGGGCGAGAGCCCAAAGAGACCCCGCAGGAUUGCCAGCGACGAUGAAGAGAAGGUUGGGAAGGAGCAGAGCUCACUGGACUACAGCAUGGGGGGGCUGCCUCCCACCAAUGGACAGAGUGCAGCCAAGGGCCCCGGGCCCUUCGUCCCCAAGCUCGGCGCGGCCGUGGCACCCAAGGACAGCGGAGCGUCACCUGCCCCGGGGGCCCCCGCCACCCUGGCUCCCAACGGCAUGGCCCCCCAGGACACUGCCACGCAGGACGAGGAUGAGGACGAUCUCUUAGGGGUGACAGACCUGGUGGACUACGUUUGUAACAGCGAACAGUUGUAGGGCAUUGCAGUUCUGUGAUCAUUUAAUGCGUUUUUGCCAACAACCCCACCCCUACUGCUCUGACCCAUUCCCCCAUCUCCUCCUGGAAGUGAACUGGACUUAACAGUGAAGGGUCUUACGAGCUGCAGCGACUACUGGAGGGCCUGCAUUGCUUGUGUGCAGUGUUGACAUCCUCUCCUCCUCUGUACACCCGUAGACACUGACACACCACAGAUGAAGAGCAGGAGUGUCCUUCUACAGACACAGAAACCUCUCUUCUUUGUACAACAGCACUUGAGAGACCCAUUUUAGGUCACUUUUCUUUUUUUAAUAAGAAAACAUAGGCACCCUAUGUUGUAUGUCCUCUGCUUGUUUGUCGGUCCUUGUACGUAAUAGAAAGGUUGUUGUGUUAUUUUUGUUCCACUACUGUAAGAUUUGUAUAUUUUAUAUGAAAAGAAACUCCUCACCUCUGUGAUGAAAUGGGAGACCUUUAUCGGGGACAGGUAAAAAUGCAUUCCUUUCUCAGCUAGACAUGUAAAGUUUCCCGGGAUCAGUUUCAGAGGACAAAACACGCGUUUUCUCAGUGAGAAACGAUGCUUUUCAUGUGCUCUCUUCCUCAUUUGCUGAAUUGAUGUCAAAUCCAAAAGUAAAUUUUUCACAUCAGGCCUAUCUCAACACCGUUAACUUAAGACACUUUCACGCCUAGCUCAACCGUGAAACUAAAGUUUUGACUAUAUAAUCUGUGUAUUGUGUAUGAUCGGAUGUCCACUACUACGUACACUACCUGUCUGUUCUAACAAGGUGUUUGUCUGUUCAAACAAUAUUGAUUUUUGGAAUUUCUGUCAUUAAAGGCCAGGCAAAGACAGUCUUCAGUCAGUUUUCGCUAUCUGAAAAGUUCCCUUUAGUUAUUCCCUGGGCAAAUUUAUCUCACCGAUAUAAUUACGGUUUGCUUAUUAGGGUAUCUUGACUUGCCAAGUUUUUAGCUCCAUUUAAUUAGCAGACAGUUCCAUGUGGAUUUGCUAGUAUUUUAGCUGACACGUGUCACCUUUUACUACUUGAGAGAGAAAAAACUGUCCGUGUGUGUGUUUGUGAAUUUAAGGACUGUCAGCAGAUUAAGAUGAAAAGUUUAUCUUUUUAAAAUUUCAAAUUGUUCUGAUAUGCCAGUCAACCUCCUUGCAAAGUAUUUACUUUAAUCUAAAUGGUAAUACUCAUGGACACAUCAGGAUUUAGUGCAGACUGUUUUUUUAAUGGCUUUAAAUAAAUUUGCCCAUGAUUUUCUUGCCCCUUCGCUCUCUGCUCUGAUGUAUGCAUCGUCUUAUUUAACAUCUUUUUUCUGUUUUCUUUUCAAUCAUUCUGCAGUGAAACAUGGUGAAAAAGCAUAUUAUUGAACUUUGUCUUCUUCAACUCCAAUUGUUUGAGUAAGAACCACCACAGUUUCUAUGUGUGUUAUAUUGGAGCUUACAGUAUACCAUUACUGUAUCUACUUGCUGCUGGUACAAGAGUGUAGUUUGUUUUGAUUAAUAGUUGAAGGACCAGGAUAAAUUUGUUUCAUGCCAUAAUAGUUCUUUGUAAGCAUAAAUCCGGAUUUUACCAGGUAAUUUACAGUUUGCUUUUAAAAUGUGUUAAUUACAAGGACCAACGUGCCCCAAAAAUGGCUGGCUGAAGAUAAUUGGGUCAAGGGAUGAUGCAGGACAAGCAUUGUACGUAGCUUUUGGGAUUUGUUAUCUUGGAUGCUUUGAUGGUAACUUUUGCCUUUGGUGAAACACAUUUCAAAAUUGCUUUGUGUUGUGUUUUUCUCAGUUUCUCAUGUUAAUUGUACAGUGUUUUUUGGAAUGUUCUUGUAAACACUACUCUAUCCUCGUGUUCCUUCAGUCAUGGUUCUUCUGAACCCUGUGGGAGAGAUGGAGUCUAAAUGAAAGCCUUGGUUGUUAUAUAAAGAUCUUCUUUGUCGCCUGCAAAUUUUCGGGAAGUAAUGGUCUGUUGGUGAGUUUAGGUCUUAGCUUGAGGGAGAUUCCUGAUGCACCACCUCAAUUGGUUCAAAUGUACAGUCUCAAAAUUAAACCCUUUAAUUUGACAAAGCAAAAUAAAAAAAUGAAAAUAAAACGUAUCUCUACAUUAUGUGUAUAUUUGUAGUUUAUGCUGUAACAUAUUAGCAACCUUUUUUAAAAAUGGAAAAAAAUAUAUAAGCAUUUCUUUACAAUGGCAACUGUUUAUAAUUUUGUAGUAAGUUGUGAUAUUGGCACAACUUUUGUAAUGUUAAACAAUGUCUUGGCAUGUUGCUCAACAUCUUUCUGCAAGCAGUAAAUGUAUUUUUGCUUGAAUUUGCAAGGUUAAAAACCUAUAACCUCUACCCAUCUUGUAUUUAACAGUGUCUUUCAUCCCUUGUUAUUGCACUGUAGAUAGGAAAAGUAAGUUACAAAAUUACACAGCAUGUAUUGAUAGAGCAAAUCAUAAUACAUGCAAAGACACUUGGAGAGCGGGUGAUAUGAAGUAGGAGUGACUAAAUGUCAACGUGGCUGCUUUUAUACAAAUAGUCUUGUAAUAUAAUGUUAUAUUAUUAGCAUAUACAUUUGGAGUGAAUACAAUUAUGGUUUUUCUUGGGGAAAAUUACAAAUAUUGCUCAUCCCACUUAUAGUGUGUGUGUGUGUGCGUGUGCAUGUGUGUGUACACAUGCACACGCACACACACUAUUCUAUAAUCCAUGCUAAUUAGAUUUUGCAGGUAAUAUGCAAACUACUGCUUUACCACUCUACAUACUUUUGGCCUGAAAUGUUUCUUUAUUUCAUUCUGUGCUUUGUGAAUUUUAAACAACAUGGUGUGUUGUUUAAAUCCAAGUAUAUUUGUAAAAAAUAAAAAGGAAAAAAAAGAAAACAUGAAAGAAAAAGGUCAGUGCCAAUGUUUUUGUGUGUGUAGUGCUGUCUGAGGUGUAAAACACAGGCCUACAAAGCCUAUAGUCUGUGUUCCCCUUUCAAAGCCUUUUAUUAUUAAACCUGCUGUCAUUUCUUUCUUAUGGAUACAAAACUUGUACAUUUGUCAUAAUAAAAAAGGCUUUAAAACCC